AUGCUUCCCAGCACCGAUAGUAGCAACACCGGGAAUGUCGCUGCCAGCACAACUGCCGAGAACGCCACUGACGCUGCCGUGGAUAAUACCGUGCCCAUUCCUCGCCAGUCUUCCAUGGGCAGCACGGCGUCCGUUUCGGGGCGCUACGAAACCUUCACGGAAGCCGUUCCGCUCUCACUGAGUUCCAUGGCACACGCAUCGUUGCCUCUCGAAGACGGCGUCUUGGACGGAAUCCAGCAAGUUUUGUCGCACACGCUGCUGUGCUGCGUCAACUACGCCCGUAUCGUCCACGCCCCGCACCAGUGGAGUUUUCGCGAUCUCUGCACUUCGGCGUACGCCUGGGAACCGCAACGGCGGGACGGGGCCGUUCCGCAGGAUUUGCCCUACUCGCUGGAAAAACUCUCCUUCCGACACCAGUACGUGCGCAGCGCGUGUAUUUCGUUGGGGACCCGGGGCCUGCCGAGGGAUCCCCAAGCGGCACUGGAACUCGAACAGCAACACGACUGGACGACACAGAAUGCUUGGAUACUAGGGAAAGUUAGUCUUCUGUACGCAUCCACCGAACGACUUACUCCCGGGGAAUUGGAUGGGACGGAUGUGGAAGACAUGCCACCCACCAUCCUCUACAAGGCGGUGGUGGAAUACCGGAGUUUGCCCGCCACCGGCAAUCAACAAGCCGUGCAGGCGGAAGAAUUGUCCAUGCUCAGUUUCGGGGGUGCCGUGGACGACGACGUCAAGUUCGGCGCACUCGCCGCCCUCUACGACGAAACGGCCAAGUACGUUCUCGAGAUUUAUUCCGUCCGCGGCAAAAAGUACAAAUUCGAUCUCAUGGAUUCUACCCUGUCCAACGGGACGACCCCGAGCUUGCCGGCCUCCUGCGCCGGCGAUCCGUUCGUGAAAUCCUUGUGUGCCACUGUUACGGACCACGCGGACGGCAAUCAACGAGAUCCACAAGCGCAGGCCGACCAAGCCGAAGAGAAAGCAAAGAACUCGUCUUUGAGUAAGAAAUUUCCAUUCGCUAUUACCCGCAUCCAUUUGACGUUGGAAGGGAAACCGCGGGCAGGCAACGAAUUGACGAAUCUGCCGAGUUUUGAUUUCCUGACCGAGGCGAUUAAAGCCAAUUUUCUCAUGCUCAAUCCAGACCCGCCUGCCAUGGUGACAUGUAUGCCAUCCGGACAUACGCUACUGUUGGAUCCUGACAUGGCCGGACGGAUUUUUGUCAAUGGCCGCUACGUGACGACGUGGGGUUUGGACAGUCGGAUUGGUUCCAGCGGAACUGCCCUGUUCGGAAUGGACCUGCACUCCAUCCCCUUUUGGCACGGGAAAAUUGUCGAUUACGAAGUCAUGAAGACUGCGUGUGCCCAAAUGUGGCACGAAGUUCUUGUUGACGCUCGUUUGGCACCGCUGAACAUUGCCUCGCGUCUUUUGAAUCGACUCCUAUAUGGACGAGAUCCGCACAUGGGAAGCAACAAGAACAGUGAUGAUGAUGACGAUAGCUACGACGACGAUGACACUAACGAUGGCACGUUGCAAGAUACGGCGACCGACUGUUUGGAAUCCCAAGUCCUAUCGUCGCCGCACUACGACAAGGUAGGAAUUGCCCCCAAGGCACUGGCCACAAGAUUUCAUGCAGAAUUUGGGGAAUUGGCCUAUCCUUGUCAGGCCCACGAAAUGGAAUGGGUCAAGGCGGCUUUGCCGGGUGUCGUACCGGUCCUAGCGCCACUCCGUUUGCUCAAGAUAUUGCGGCGAGGAGGCAUCAUGGAUGUACAACAAACUGCCGACAACUUGUGGUUUGCCGAAUGCCGACCGGCCAAAGAAGGGGCAGAGACGCAAUUGAUCCAGUCAGCUUUGACCUUACUGAGAGCGGCAGAAUGCGACGAUGUCAAGUUCGAAAACGUAGCCUUUGUCUCGAGCAGAGUGGCGAACGACGUGGUCAUGAAAAACGCCGUGUGUCGAUACAACGAAAUGCGUCAUCAAUUUUCGGUUCAUGAAUCCUUUGUGAACUUGGCCGUUGCCGAUUACGGCGGGCCUGUAGUUGGUGAUGAGGUAUCGGACGCCAAAGUACGAGCCUAUUUGUUGGGUAUGUACGUGGCAAAGGAGCAUCCGGACGGUGAGCUACUGCCUCGGUACUUGUUAAGACACAAUCCAUAUAUUGAACGAGCUUAG